AUGGAAGCAUCUAUUAAAAUUUAUUUUACUUCAAUCAAUUUAACUAUUAUAAUUAUUAGUCCAAACAGGAAGAGAGUAAUGAGUUCAAUAUUCAAACUACCUAAUGAAAUAAUAUUAGAAAUACUACGAUAUUUGGACACCAAAGAAAUAGAUGAUCUAAUCACACAAUUUUAUAAAUUACAAUCAGCAAAACCAAUUUUAAAACUACUAUAUCAAAGAUUAUUUAGUGGAAAACUACAUAUAAUUAAUGAGGAGCCAAGAUUACAAUUUCAUCAUGAUUACGAAUUAACGAUAGAUAAUUUCAAAGACAAAUUAAUAGAGUGUAAUAAUGAAAUUAGUUUUGAAAAUUGUAUAUUCAAAAAAGUAAGACCAAAUAUUAUUGAAUUUAAAUUUACAAGACAACAAAGUGAUUAUAGAAGAUUUAUACAUGAUUUGAAUCAAUUCCAUGAAUUAAUAGAAUCAACUGACUCAAAUAUACGGCAGUAUUUUAACAAAUCAUUGCAAAUCAAUAUAUUUAUAGAUUCCAAUUUAGUAUUUAUGGAAAACCCAGAUACUUUCAAAUCAAUCAUUAUUAAACUACUUCUAGAAUUAAGUAAAAAUGAAUUUGCCUCAAAGAUUCAAAAUUUUACAAUAAAGUCUAGUGAAAUAGGAAGUUUAUAUGUAGCUCACUGGUCACAAUUAUUUAAAUAUUUCACGAAUUUAACUAUUUUAAAUUUAGAAGAUAAUUUUCUAAAAAGUAAUUAUGAACAAUAUUUAGAUGUUUGGGGAAUGCUGCAAAAAUUUCCAAAUACUUUAACUCAGUUGAAUUUAGAUAGAAAUAUGUUUACAUAUAUUUCAAAAGAUUUUUUAAUAAAUUUACCUUCAAGUUUAGCGAUAUUAUCAAUGAAUCAAAAUGAAAUUGAAAUAAUUGAACCAUGUGAGUUGGGGGAUGCAUUACCUAAUCUACGUAACUGGUUGUUAAAUUAUACUAAGCUAUGUGUUAUAAGUCCUUCAAUGUUUAAAAAAUGUAAUUCAGGUUUUAUUUUAGAGAUCAAAUCAACUUAUUUACCCGAUUCGGACUUGCAAAAAUUACAUUUGAUUGCAAAAGAUAGAGGUUUUAAAGUAUUGAUAUAA